AUGAUGGGUUUACCUGGUGAGACCGGUCUCAAUGGGAAAACAGGAGUGCCAGGUCCUCGGGGUCCAGCUGGGAAAGAAGGUAUUCCUGGUAAACCUGGCCUGAAGGGGAACCCAGGCGAAAAAGGGGAAACUGGAGCUCAAGGAGAAAAGGGUGACAGAGGAGAUCCAGGCCAUCCUGGCCAAAGUGGGCUGAAAGGAGCAAAGGGAGAACCUGGUGUGUCCGGGCAAGAAGGCCCCAGUGGUGCAAAAGGAGAAAAAGGAACAAAGGGUGAUACUGGAUUGCCAGGACCUCCAGGCCCAUCAGGACUGGGGAUGUCUUCAGAAUACUCUCUGCAGCAAUAUGGAAUGCCUGGUAAACCUGGAGAAAAAGGAGACAAGGGAGAGCAUGGAGAUCCGGGGCCGAAAGGAAACAAAGGACUGCAAGGCCACCCUGGUUUAAAGGGUGAAAUGGGAGAACCAGGACUUCCUGGACUUAUUGGAAAGCCAGGUUUGGAGGGUCGACCUGGAUUACCAGGUCCUGUGGGUCCCAAAGGAUUAAAAGGAGAAAUAGGAACCACAGGAGAACCAGGCCAAUCAGGAAUACAGGGUGAAAAGGGUGACAAGGGAGAUUCUGGGGAUGGUUUCGGACCGCCUGGGGAGAAAGGAGCCAAGGGUGACCCUGGACCUGCAGGAAGAGGAAUACAGGGAAAAGAGGGGCCAGUUGGUCCACCUGGAACACGAGGAUCACGGGGAUCUAAGGGGGAGCGUGGAUUCCCGGGUCUUCAAGGUCCAAAAGGUGAGAAAGGACCACCUGGAGUUGGCCGCCUCGGGCCCCCAGGUCCACGAGGUCCUUCUGGAGAGCCAGGCGUAAGGGGUCCACGAGGUUUGCCAGGAGCUUUAGGAAGGCCAGGUGUUAAUGGUAUUCCUGGGAGCAAUGGAAUGCCAGGCCAACCAGGACCACCUGGGGAGCCAUCUGCUCUGCCUCUUAUGGGAGACAUAGGUGCCUUGCUAAAGAAUGCUUGCAGUAGUUGCCUGACCAGCAGCCAUGGAGGCUUCUCAGGAUUACCUGGAAUGAAAGGUGACCGAGGUGUACCUGGGAUUCCCGGAGCUGAUGGGCGUGAUGGCAGACAGGGUGACCCAGGACCAAGGGGGCCACCUGGAAUUCCUGGAUUAGAUGGACAAAAGGGAAACAAAGGUGAACGAGGAUUCCCUGGGCUUGUAGGAGAAAAAGGAGACAGAGCACAGCCUGGAGUACCGGGACCUCCAGGACCUCCAGGAUCGCCAGGACCUGUGGGUUUAAAAGGAAGACCAGGACAAACAGGGCCCAUAGGACUUAAAGGAGAAAAGGGCAAUGAAGGGACAGCAGGAAAACCAGGACCACCUGGACCACCUGGACCUCCGAGAAUUGCUACCUAUGAAAGAAAUGGAAUGAGCAGCAUAUACAAGAUACAGGACAUUCCAGGCCCACCUGGACCUACAGGUUCACCAGGUCUGAAAGGAGAUCCUGGUUCAAUGGGAGAAAUGGGCCCAAUGGGAUUGCCAGGAUUAGAAGGUCCACCAGGAAAAAAGGGAGAUCCAGGAAUGCCAGGACCACCAGGUCCCCAAGGACUGACUGGCCCACAGGGGAAACCUGGUCUUCCUGGUCAGCCAGGGCCAAUUGGUGCAACAGGCGAACCAGGAUUGAAAGGGGAUAGAGGACCGUUGGGAGAAACUGGCUAUCCUGGACCAGAAGGACCCCCUGGUGCUCCAGGGAAAACUGGAGGACGUGGCUUCCCAGGUUCCCAGGGUUCACCAGGGUACAAAGGAGACCGUGGACCCAAGGGUGAACGGGGAGAUCCGGGAAUACUGGGAGAUAGAGGUCCUCAGGGUGAAAGAGGAAGACCAGGUUAUCCAGGACCUCGAGGAGAGAAAGGAAUAAUUGGGCCGUCUGGACCAAUUGGGCCAAUGGGAAAAGAGGGACCUCCAGGACUUCAUGGGCCCCCAGGUAUUCCGGGUGGAAACAUUUCAUUUGAAGAAAUAGCAAGAUUCAUAAGACAGGAGGUCCACAGGGUUUUUGAAGAGAGACUUGCUCACUACAAACUAAAAUCUCCUGCAGCAAUGUUGGCUGCUCAGGCCAAAAUAGGCGUACCAGGGCCACCUGGAAAUGAUGGCCUGCCAGGACUGCCUGGGCCUCGAGGAGCGACUGGGCCACAAGGAGCCAGAGGUUACAGAGGUCAGAAAGGUGAAAGAGGUGAACCUGGAAUCACACUUCCUGGUGCUGUUGGUCCCCGUGGUCCUCCAGGCUUGCCAGGAUUGGGAACAGUAGGUCCUCCUGGUCCACAAGGCAUCACUGGUCCUCCAGGGCAAGAUGGAAAAUGUGAUCCUUCAGACUGUCUCUUUCCUGAAAGCUUACUGCAACCAUCUCCAAAAGGAUAA